GAUGAUGAUGAUGGAGGAGGAGGAGAUGAUGAUGAUGGAGGGAGGAGGAGAUGAUGAUGAUGGAGGGAGGAGGAGAUGACAUCAUACAGCGGAUGAGCAGACACGGAGGACAGGGUGCGGCUGGUGCUUGAUGCUGAAUCCAUCCUGAAGGGUUCCCCCUCUGUCCACCACAUUUUGGGGGGCGAUGUGCAGUGACCGCGAUCUGUGUUGUCAAUAUCGCAUUGGAUUUACGGGAGUCACAGAACAAACUGGUUCAAAGGGCAAACGCGAUUACCUGGUGGACGCCGCCAAACAGCUGCACGUGGCCCAGGAGCGCGAUGCCAAUGAGGAGUACGAGGCGGCCUUCAGCCACUACAAGCACGGGGUGGAGCUGCUCCUGAGCGGGGUCACAGUUGACCCCAGCAGAGAGCGGCGCGAUGCCGUAAAACGGAAGAUUUCCCAAUACCUCAAACGGGCAGAAGAAAUAUUCAACUGCCACCUGCAAAGGCCUCUGGGUAACGUGACGGGCGCAGCAGAGGGUUACAGCAGCCUCAGAUUCCGACCAAUCCGAGUCCUGAGCGCCGCGGUGGAGAACCUGAAGGACUGCCAUGUCCUGGAGAUUAUUGAUAAGGUGCAGCUGGUCUAUGACCCCUCCUCAGGAACAAAAUUUAUUCUUAAGUCCCUGAUGAAGUCGGGGCGUUGUGGCCAUGGAGCGGUCACAGUUAUUCCGCAGAGCGUUCCCUACAUGGUCCAGCUGCAGAAGUUUUAUGUUGGGGAGGAUUCUCUGUAUCUCCGACUGCAGCACGUUCCAGGAGGAUGUCUGUGGAGACAUCUCAGGAAAUUCCAGGCUCAGCGUACAAGCUCUGGAGACUUCGAGGUGACCCCAUCACACAGUCCCAUCAGUCACCUGAGCCCGUCACAUGCCUCCAUCUUGGGGGUGCCAGAGUCACAGGUCAGGCUUUGGGGGGCGCAGAUGGUGUUGGCACUGGACACUCUACACCAGGAAGGGAUUCUGUGUAAAGAUCUAAACCCCCGCAAUGUGCUUCUGGGAGACAAAGGUGAUGUGCUCCUCACAUACUUUGGCCGGUGGCGAGAGGUUGACCACAUCUUUUGUCCAGAGGCUGCAGAGCAGCUGUAUGUGGCCCCAGAGGUUCUGGGAGUUGGUCCCGUGGACGAGGCCUGUGACUGGUGGAGCCUGGGAGUUCUCCUGUAUGAGAUGAUGUGUGGAGAGCCUCUCUACAGGACCCUGAUGUCGGGGGUCAGCAGUCAGAUGGAGGUCCACUUCCCAGAAGAGCUGAGUGCGGAUGCGGUGUCCCUGCUGAGAGCCGUGAGUGCCAUCCAUAAUAUGGGCUGCUCAAUUACGAUCCAGACAAACGUCUUGGCGCCGGUCCUGGUGGAGCAAAGAGGGUUAAAUCCCACCCAUUCUUCAAUGAUGUCCAGUGGAGCGCGUUACUAUGACUAAGGAGCAAGCCAAUGCAUGAAGUCACACGGGAUGAGAGGCCGAUAAUGCACUAAACUCCACACAAAUGGACAAUGGCACAGAGAUGGCAGAAAGAUGGUACAGUUAGCAGGUCAUUGCUGUGAGGUCAGUGAUGUCACAGCCGAUACACUCACUGUGAUGUCAUAGUGAACUCGUGCUGUCACAAUAAAGAACCCCAUCCUGA